AUGGCUUCUCGCGUCGAUCCACCUGUUCCUAUGCAACCUCUUUAUCCACCUCCAGUAACAAUCAAUCAACUUAAAGCUAUUUAUAACGUCAAGGUUAACGGAAAGCUUCCUAAAUUACCAUCGGCAUUCGUCAUUUAUAGAAAUGCAUAUCGUCAACAACUUAUUGCUGUCCACUCGAGAAAUUUAUCUUUGUUAUUACGAUCUAUGAGAUGA